CGCCACCCUUAAGCUCCACCUGUGUGGAAUUCUGAAGCAUCCCCUGUAGAGAACUUUAGCAAUUGCCACAUUCCUUGAUCCUGGAAUGUGUUUGUCUGGGGUUAUAUAAAUCUGAUCUGUGGAGCCCACCUGAGGUCGGGAUGAGGUGGAGGGCAUCCUUCAGCAGUGAGACAAGACCUCAUCAUACGUGAGUUCAUGGCUCAUCGUGAGCGGGAUCUUCCAAACCAGAACACUUUUGAGAGUAAAAGGGGGUCCAUGAAUAUUUCUACCAGGACAACAGGCAUAAACCAGGAUGUACCAGGCAGGAGGGUAUAUAAUGGAACUUCUUGAUAUGAAACCUGCCAGACAAACUGGAAAAUGCACAUACUGGGACAAGUGUGACUUGAGUCUUUGGGACAAGGACAGGGGUACAAGAGGAGGAAAUGUGCACAGAGAGAAGCCUGUAAUCAGCCAAGGGUGCAGAGGUGUUAUACAUAAUUGCUCUUCAGGGAACCGGGCCUCCAGCCCACGCCCCAGCUGCUCCCCUUCUCCUCCUCCUCUGAAUUUACUGUCCCUUCUCUGGAACUCCUAAGCCUGACCCCCGCUCCCUGGCCCUCCCAGCCCACAGUUCCCCUGACCCCACUCCCUUUCCCAGAACUCAGUCGUCUGAGCCCCCAGCCUGCGGUUCUCUCCUAGGCCUCAGCCUUUCCUGCCUUCGACUGAAACAGCAGCAUCUUCUAAGCCCUGGGGGCUUCCCCGGGCCCCAGCCCCGGCCUAGAACCCGCCCGCCGCCUGCCACGCUGCCACUGCCGCUUCCUCUAUAAAGGGACCCAGGCGUCCCGGCCAAGGGGCCCCGCACAGCAGGUUCUCCCCAUGACACCACCUGGACGUCUCUACCUCCUGAGGGUGUGCAGCACCCCCCUACUCCUCCUCCUUCUGGGACUGCUGCUGGCCCUGCCGCGCGAGGCCCAGGGGCUCUCUGGUGUUGGCCUCCCACCCUCAACUGCACAGCCUGCCCAUCAGCACCCCCCGAAUCACUUCACCCGAGGCACCUUCAAACCUGCCGCUCACCUUGUUGGAGACCCCAGCACCCAGGACUCACUGCGCUGGAGAGCAAACACGGAUCGUGCCUUCCUCCGCCACGGCUUCUCUCUGAGCAACAAUUCCCUCCUGGUCCCCACCAGUGGCCUCUACUUUGUCUACUCCCAGGUGGUCUUCUCCGGGGAAGGCUGCUUCCCCAAGGCCACCCCCACCCCUCUCUACCUGGCCCACGAGGUCCAGCUCUUCUCCUCCCAGUACCCAUUCCACGUGCCUCUCCUCAGCGCUCAGAAGUCCGUGUGCCCAGGGCCACAGGGACCUUGGGUGCGCUCAGUGUACCAGGGGGCUGUGUUCCUGCUCACUCGGGGAGACCGGCUAUCCACUCACACAGAUGGCAUCUCCCACCUGCUCCUCAGCCCCAGUAGUGUCUUCUUCGGAGCCUUUGCUCUAUAGAAAAAUCCAGAAAGAAAAAAUUUGGUUUCAAGGCCUUCUCCCCAUUUUGCCUCCAUUCUGACCACUUCAGGGGUCACCACACCUCUCCUUUGACCGUUCCAUCAGUCUCAAGUCUUCCCCCGUUCUCGGCACCUGGAGCUUCCAAAGAAGGAAUUCUAGGCACCCCAGGGGGCCACACCUUCCUGAACCACCCCGGAUGCUCGGCUGAGGACUUCAAGCCUGCCUGGAAAUGCCCGCCCAGAGCCCUUCCUCUGCCCUGCCCAUCUAGGGGGCCUUGCCCUGGACAUGGAAGGGGAGCUGACACAUGAGGGAGCUUGGGUGGAUGACUGGGGGCAGGGAGGGGGGUUAUUUAUGAAGGGAAAAAAAUUUAAAUUAUUUAUUUAUGGAGGAUGGAGAGAAGGGGGACGGCAGAAGAAAGAGAUAAUACACCCAAGAGAUGAAGAGUGAGAGGGCGUGGGCACAAGGAUGACCUAGCAAGAGAGAAAAAGAGUGGGUCUGAGGGACCAAGGGGCUCUGGAAGGAAGUGAAAGGCUCUUAAGAGCCAGCCAUUGCUUGACUGGACACCCCACGAGGAAACAUCUGACCCUUGAUGAAGCCCAAUAAACCUCUUUUCUCUGAAAU